UUGAUAUAAUUUUACAAUCAGGUGCAUCCUACAAACAAAAAUGUAUUGAUUGACUUUGACCUUGUACUUUUAGAUAUGAAAUUUGAUAUCUAUCAAAGCAACACACUGAUACUGAUCGACAUCUAUCACAAUGGAAUCUAUUAAAAGUCAUAUCUAAUUAGAGACAAAAAUAUGAUCAAUCAGACUUUUAUCUCUUUAAAUUUGAUUGUAGAACAGAGCAUGAUAAAAUACAUUUAAGAUCGACAAGAAAAACUUUGGUAGAACAUUAAUUUACCGAUAAAAACUCGUUUAUAGUUUCUCAUAAUUAGCACUUUACAAAAAAAAAGUGCCGCACUCCUUGUUUGACAUAAAAUUUUACCAAAAAAUCAAAGAUAACCUAAUUGGGGUGUGGGUUUGUGCCAUCUAUUUGGAAAUCAUAUAAAAGACCUCAAAUAAGCAAAAAUUGAUGAGUCCCUCGAAAUAUACUCAUAAGCGUACAACUAAGGAAUAUAUAAUAACUAAAAUCGAAUAGGAUCCACGCAAAAGGAGUAAUAUUGAGAAACUAAGACAAUGAGAGUUGUCAUUUUAGCAACAGUUCUAGCUGUUGCACUCAGUGUUGACGCUAAAAAGUCAGUAGGAACUCGUAAUAAUGUGUGCGUAAAUCAAGAGGAUGGGACAUUUGUUGCUGACAGUAAUUUAUGUUCCAGUUUUUUUGUUUGUCACAAUGAGCAGCCUGUUAGUCAAAAUUGUGACCCAGGUAGUUAUUUUGACACCAAACAACUUUACUGCGUUCCCGAUACGAAAAAUAUUUGUAAUCCAACUGAAUGUGAUGAAGAUGGAGCAUACUCAGUCCAUCCAACUAACUGUUCACUUUUCAAUGUUUGCAAUGCGGGAAAACUUGUUGAACAAUCGUGUGGAAAGGACAGUUAUUUCGAUAGCAAGGAUUUGUUUUGCAAACCUGAUGUGGAUCACACGUGUUGGCCACCAAUAACCACACCAGAACCUUGUACAUGUGUUGGAAAGUAUACAGAAGGUGAGCUGGUGAAAGAUCCUGACAGCUGUCAUUCGUACUAUAUAUGCCACAAUGGAGAGUUGGUAAAACAAACUUGUGGAUAUGGUAAUUACUUUAGCAGUUCAACAAAUAGAUGUGAAAGAGAUAAUACCGGAGACUGCUGGGGCCAAGCUCAUGCUCCUUGCACGGGAGGCUUGGCAGAGGGCGAUUGGGUUUCCAAGAACUGUUCAGUGUAUUUAGAAUGCACUCAAGGAAAACUUGUGGAACACAACUGCGGAUAUCCAUAUGUCUUUGACAAUUCGACCAAACAGUGUGUGGAAGAUGUAAAUAACGCGUGUUGGGAAGUAUGUCCACCAUGCUCUGACGGCUCCAAACAAGGUGAUCUGGUUGGAUCGGCUUACAAUUGUAGCUCAUAUUUCCGCUGUGAUAAAGGUGUAUUGAUUCCAGCUGAUUGUGGUUUAGGUAACUACUUUGACAAUAGCACCAAAAAUUGUGUUCGAGAUACAAACGGAGUGUGCUGCCCCCCCUGUCCAGACGGCUACAAAGAAGGUGAGUUUGUGCCAAGUAAAGAUAAUUGUUACUCCUUUGAUGUUUGCAUCAAUGGGCAAUUGGUAACUCAAAGUUGUGGAACUGGAAACUACUUUAACAAAGACAAAUUGCAAUGUGAUAGAGACUAUGAUGGAAUAUGCUGGAAAUGGAAAUGCACCGAAGGCGAAAAGGUGCCAGAUGAGACCAAUUGUGGUUACGUUGUCUGCGAGAAUGGAAAAUUAAAGCCUAAGAAGUGUCAAGAAGGAUAUUAUUUCGAAAGCAAGAGUAACAAAUGUCUGCCUGAUGUUAAGGGUAUUUGCUGGUCGUGUCCGGAAGGCGAUCGAGUGCCCGGUUCUAAUUGUUCAGCCUACUUGGAAUGCACUUUGGGAAAACUUGUAGAAAUUAACUGUAAAUAUCAAGAGCUCUUCGACAAUUCAACCAAACAAUGUGUGGAAGAUGUUGAUAACAAAUGUUGGGAUAAAAUAUGUCCCCCUUGCCUUGAUGGUGUGAACCAAGGUGAUCUGGUUCCAGAUCCUUCUGGUAAUUGUAGCUCAUUUUUAAUCUGUGAUCAAGGCGAACUAAUUCCAUCUGAUUGUGGAUAUGGAAACUACUUUGACCAAAAAGCAGGCAACUGUGUUCGUGACCACGAAAAUCUUUGUUGGGAUAAAAUAUGUUCCCCUUGCAGUGAUGGUGUGAACCAAGGUGAUCUGGUUGUAGAUCCUCGUGGUAAUUGUAGCUCAUUUUUAAUCUGUGAUCAAGGCGAACUAAUUCCAGCUGAUUGUGGAUAUGGAAACUACUUUGACCAAAAAGCAGGCAACUGUGUUCGUGACACCGAAAAUCUUUGUUGGGAUAAAAUAUGUCCCCCUUGCAGUGAUGGUGUGAACCAAGGUGAUCUGGUUGUAGAUCCUCGUGGUAAUUGUAGCUCAUUUUUAAUCUGUGAUCAAGGCGAACUAAUUCCAGCUGAUUGUGGAUAUGGAAACUACUUUGACCAUAAAGCACGCAACUGUGUUCGUGACACCGAAAAUCUUUGUUGGGAUAAAAUAUGUCCCCCUUGCAGUGAUGGUGUGAACCAAGGUGAUCUGGUUGUAGAUCCUCGUGGUAAUUGUAGCUCAUUUUUAAUCUGUGAUCAAGGCGAACUAAUUCCAUCUGAUUGUGGAUAUGGAAACUACUUUGACCAAAAAGCAGGCAACUGUGUUCGUGACACCGAAAAUCUUUGUUGGGAUAAAAUAUGUCCCCCUUGCCUUGAUGGUGUGAACCAAGGUGAUCUGGUUGUAGAUCCUCGUGGUAAUUGUAGCUCAUUUUUAAUCUGUGAUCAAGGCGAACUAAUUCCAUCUGAUUGUGGAUAUGGAAACUACUUUGACCAAAAAGCAGGCAACUGUGUUCGUGACACCGAAAAUCUUUGUUGGCCAUGUACUGAAGGGGAAAAGAUCCCAGACGAAACAACCAAUUGUGGUUACCUUGAGUGCAAGAAAGGAAAAUAUAAGCCUACCAAGUGUCAAGAAGGAUAUUAUUUCGAAAGCAAGAGUAAAAAAUGUCUGCCUGAUGUUAAGGGUAUUUGCUGGUCAUGUCCUAGAGGUCUUAAGGAAGGCGAUCGAGUGCCCAGUUCUAAUUGUUCAGCCUACUUGGAAUGCACUUUGGGAAAACUUGUAGAAAUUAACUGUAAAUAUCAAGAGCUCUUCGACAAUUCAACCAAACAAUGUGUGAAAGAUGUUGAUAACAAAUGUUGGGAAUGUACUGAAGGGGAAAAGGUGCCAGAUGAGACCAAUUGUGGUUACGUUGUCUGCGAGAAUGGAAAAUUAAAGCCUAAGAAGUGUCAAGAAGGAUAUUAUUUCGAAAGCAAGAGUAAAAAAUGUCUGCCUGAUGUUAAGGGUAUUUGCUGGUCAUGUCCUAGAGGUCUUAAGGAAGGCGAUCGAGUGCCCAGUUCUAAUUGUUCAGCCUACUUGGAAUGCACUUUGGGAAAACUUGUAGAAAUUAACUGUAAAUAUCAAGAGCUCUUCGACAAUUCAACCAAACAAUGUGUGAAAGAUGUUGAUAACAAAUGUUGGGAAUGUACUGAAGGGGAAAAGGUGCCAGAUGAGACCAAUUGUGGUUACGUUGUCUGCGAGAAUGGAAAAUUAAAGUCUAAGAAGUGUCAAGAAGGAUAUUAUUUCGAAAGCAAGAGUAAAAAAUGUCUGCCUGAUGUUAAGGGUAUUUGCUGGUCAUGUCCUAGAGGUCUUAAGGAAGGCGAUCGAGUGCCCAGUUCUAAUUGUUCAGCCUACUUGGAAUGCACUUUGGGAAAACUUGUAGAAAUUAACUGUAAAUAUCAAGAGCUCUUCGACAAUUCAACCAAACAAUGUGUGAAAGAUGUUGAUAACAAAUGUUGGGAAUGUACUGAAGGGGAAAAGGUGCCAGAUGAGACCAAUUGUGGUUACGUUGUCUGCGAGAAUGGAAAAUUAAAGUCUAAGAAGUGUCAAGAAGGAUAUUAUUUCGAAAGCAAGAGUAAAAAAUGUCUGCCUGAUGUUAAGGGUAUUUGCUGGUCAUGUCCCCCUUGCCGUGAUGGUGUGAACCAAGGUGAUCUGGUUGUAGAUCCUCGUGGUAAUUGUAGCUCAUUUUUAAUCUGUGAUCAAGGCAAACUAAUUCCAUCUGAUUGUGGAUAUGGAAACUACUUUGACCAAAAAGCAGGCAACUGUGUUCGUGACACCGAAAAUCUUUGUUGGGAUAAAAUAUGUCCCCCUUGUCGUGAUGGUGUGAACCAAGGUGAUCUGGUUGUAGAUCCUUCUGGUAAUUGUAGCUCAUUUUUAAUCUGUGAUCAAGGCAAACUAAUUCCAUCUGAUUGUGGAUAUGGAAACUACUUUGACCAAAAAGCAGGCAACUGUGUUCGUGACACCGAAAAUCUUUGUUGGGAUAAAAUAUGUCCCCCUUGCCGUGAUGGUGUGAACCAAGGUGAUCUGGUUGUAGAUCCUCGUGGUAAUUGUAGCUCAUUUUUAAUCUGUGAUCAAGGCAAACUAAUUCCAUCUGAUUGUGGAUAUGGAAACUACUUUGACCAAAAAGCAGGCAACUGUGUUCGUGACACCGAAAAUCUUUGUUGGGAUAAAAUAUGUCCCCCUUGUCGUGAUGGUGUGAACCAAGGUGAUCUGGUUGUAGAUCCUUCUGGUAAUUGUAGCUCAUUUUUAAUCUGUGAUCAAGGCAAACUAAUUCCAUCUGAUUGUGGAUAUGGAAACUACUUUGACCAAAAAGCAGGCAACUGUGUUCGUGACACCGAAAAUCUUUGUUGGGAUAAAAUAUGUCCCCCUUGCCGUGAUGGUGUGAACCAAGGUGAUCUGGUUGUAGAUCCUCGUGGUAAUUGUAGCUCAUUUUUAAUCUGUGAUCAAGGCAAACUAAUUCCAUCUGAUUGUGGAUAUGGAAACUACUUUGACCAAAAAGCAGGCAACUGUGUUCGUGACACCGAAAAUCUUUGUUGGGAUAAAAUAUGUCCCCCUUGUCGUGAUGGUGUGAACCAAGGUGAUCUGGUUGUAGAUCCUUCUGGUAAUUGUAGCUCAUUUUUAAUCUGUGAUCAAGGCGAACUAAUUCCAUCUGAUUGUGGAUAUGGAAACUACUUUGACCAAAAAGCAGGCAACUGUGUUCGUGACACCGAAAAUCUUUGUUGGCCAUGUACUGAAGGGGAAAAGAUCCCAGACGAAACAACCAAUUGUGGUUACCUUGAGUGCAAGAAAGGAAAAUAUAAGCCUACCAAGUGUCAAGAAGGAUAUUAUUUCGAAAGCAAGAGUAAAAAAUGUCUGCCUGAUGUUAAGGGUAUUUGCUGGUCAUGUCCUAGAGGUCUUAAGGAAGGCGAUCGAGUGCCCAGUUCUAAUUGUUCAGCCUACUUGGAAUGCACUUUGGGAAAACUUGUAGAAAUUAACUGUAAAUAUCAAGAGCUCUUCGACAAUUCAACCAAACAAUGUGUGAAAGAUGUUGAUAACAAAUGUUGGGAAUGUACUGAAGGGGAAAAGGUGCCAGAUGAGACCAAUUGUGGUUACGUUGUCUGCGAGAAUGGAAAAUUAAAGCCUAAGAAGUGUCAAGAAGGAUAUUAUUUCGAAAGCAAGAGUAAAAAAUGUCUGCCUGAUGUUAAGGGUAUUUGCUGGUCAUGUCCUAGAGGUCUUAAGGAAGGCGAUCGAGUGCCCAGUUCUAAUUGUUCAGCCUACUUGGAAUGCACUUUGGGAAAACUUGUAGAAAUUAACUGUAAAUAUCAAGAGCUCUUCGACAAUUCAACCAAACAAUGUGUGAAAGAUGUUGAUAACAAAUGUUGGGAAUGUACUGAAGGGGAAAAGGUGCCAGAUGAGACCAAUUGUGGUUACGUUGUCUGCGAGAAUGGAAAAUUAAAGUCUAAGAAGUGUCAAGAAGGAUAUUAUUUCGAAAGCAAGAGUAAAAAAUGUCUGCCUGAUGUUAAGGGUAUUUGCUGGUCAUGUCCCCCUUGCCGUGAUGGUGUGAACCAAGGUGAUCUGGUUGUAGAUCCUCGUGGUAAUUGUAGCUCAUUUUUAAUCUGUGAUCAAGGCAAACUAAUUCCAUCUGAUUGUGGAUAUGGAAACUACUUUGACCAAAAAGCAGGCAACUGUGUUCGUGACACUGAAAAUCUUUGUUGGGAUAAAAUAUGUCCCCCUUGUCGUGAUGGUGUGAACCAAGGUGAUCUGGUUGUAGAUCCUUCUGGUAAUUGUAGCUCAUUUUUAAUCUGUGAUCAAGGCAAACUAAUUCCAUCUGAUUGUGGAUAUGGAAACUACUUUGACCAAAAAGCAGGCAACUGUGUUCGUGACACCGAAAAUCUUUGUUGGGAUAAAAUAUGUCCUCCUUGCCCUGGAGGUUACGAACAAGGUGAUCUGGUUGGACCCGGUUUUAAUUGUAGCUCAUAUUUCCGCUGUGAUAAAGGUGAAUUAAUUCCAGAUGAUUGUGGUGUCGGUAACUACUUUGACGGGCAUAACUGUGUCCGUGAUACAAAAGAAACUUGCUGGAAGAAUGAUAAGCCUUGUGUAUGUUCUGGAGGCUAUGAGGAUGGUCAAUUUGUGCCACAUCCAGAUGAAUGUUAUCUAUUCUAUAUAUGCUACAAUGGUGAACUUAUCAAACAAUCGUGUGGAUACGGAAACUAUUUCGACGCUCCAUCACAAAGUUGUAUUUUAGAUACAACUGGAAAGUGUUGGUCGUCAUCUUCAUCGUCUAGUUCAACUCAAUCUACAACCAGUUCUUCAACAACUUCUACGAAAAAGACAAGUUCCAGCACAACACCGAAAAUAACAACUGCGACGUCUUCAACAACUAAGUCAACAAAACCAACUACAACCAGUUCAUCAACAACAUCUACUACAAAGACAACAUCGUCCACAACACCGAAAACAACAACAUCAACAACUACUACUUCAACAACAACGGAAUCAUGUGAAUGUCCCGGUGGUUAUAAGGAUGGACAAUUAGUCCCCCAUCCUAGUGAUUGUGCCAAGUUCUACAUUUGCUACAAUGGCGAGUUGCAAGAAGAAAAUUGUGGAAGAGGAAACUAUUUCGAUGCUUCUACUGAAAGCUGUGUUUUGGAUAGAGAUGGAAUCUGUCAUUCGUCGUCAUCUUCUUCUUCGUCAUCAAGUUCAACCAAAUCUACAAAACCAACUACAACUAGUUCAUCAACAACAUCUACUACCACCACAACUCCAACUACGACAUCUUCAACUACUAAGUCUACAAAACCAACGACAACCAGUUCUUCAACAACAUCUACUACAAAGACAACUACGUCAACAACACCUAGAACAACAACAUCAACUACUAAGUCAACUCCAACGACGACAGCUUCAACUACAACGGAAUCAUGUGAAUGUCCCGGUGGUUAUAAGGAUGGAGAUUUGCUCCCUCAUCCUAGUGAUUGUUCCAAGUUCUACAUUUGCUUCAACGGCGAGAUGAAGGAAGAAAAUUGUGGAAGAGGAAACUAUUUUGAUGAUUCCACUAAAAGCUGUGUUUUUGAUAGAGAUGGAAUCUGUCAUUCGUCAUCGUCUUCUUCUUCAUCGUCAAGUUCAACCAAAUCUUCAACCAGUUCCUCAACAAAAUCUACUACCACCACAACUUCGUCCACAACACCUAAGACAACAACAUCAACUACGAAGUCAACUCCAACCACGACAUCUUCAACUACAACGGAAUCAUGUGAAUGUCCCGGUGGUUAUAAGGAUGGAGAUUUGCUCCCUCAUCCUAGUGAUUGUUCCAAGUUCUACAUUUGCUUCAACGGCGAGAUGAAGGAAGAAAAUUGUGGAAGAGGAAACUAUUUUGAUGAUUCCACUAAAAGCUGUGUUUUUGAUAGAGAGGGAAUCUGUCAUUCGUCAUCGUCUUCUUCUUCAUCGUCAAGUUCAACCAAAUCUUCAACCAGUUCCUCAACAAAAUCUACUACCACCACAACUUCGUCCACAACACCUAAGACAACAACAUCAACUACGAAGUCAACUCCAACCACGACAUCUUCAACUACAACGGAAUCAUGUGAAUGUACCGGUGGUUAUAAGGACGGACAAUUAGUACCUCAUCCUAGUGAUUGUUCCAAGUUCUACAUUUGCUUCAACGGCGAGAUGAAGGAAGAAAAUUGUGGAAGAGGAAACUAUUUUGAUGAUUCCACUAAAAGCUGUGUUUUUGAUAGAGAUGGAAUAUGUCAUUCGUCAUCGUCUUCUUCUUCAUCGUCAAGUUCAACCAAAUCUUCAACCAGUUCCUCAACAAAAUCUACUACAACCACAACUUCGUCCACAACACCUAAGACAACAACAUCAACUACGAAGUCAACUCCAACCACGACAUCUUCAACUACAACGGAAUCAUGUGAAUGUACCGGUGGUUAUAAGGACGGACAAUUAGUACCUCAUCCUAGUGAUUGUGCCAAAUUCUACAUUUGCUACAAUGGCAAGUUGCAGGAAGAAAAUUGUGGAAGAGGAAACUAUUUCGAUGCUUCAACUGAAAGCUGUGUUUUGGAUAAAGAUGGAAUCUGUCAUUCGUCGUCAUCUUCUUCUUCGUCAUCAAGUUCUACCAAAUCUUCAACCAGUUCCUCAACAACAUCUACUUCAACGACCACAUCGUCCACAACACCUAAGACAACAACAUCAACAACUACUAAGUCAACUCCAACCACAACACCUUCAACCACGACACCUGAGACAACAACAUCUUCAACAACAAGUUCUACAACAACACCAACUGAAUCGUGUGACUGUCCUGAUGGUUCUAAAGAUGGCGAAUUUAUCCCUCACCCUACAGACUGCUCAAAGUUCCGCAUUUGCCAUCAAGGAAAUCUAACUGAAAUUUCAUGUGGAAAAGGAAACUAUUUCAAUAGUACAACAAAGAGCUGCACACUAGAUACAGAAGGAAUAUGUGGGUCCAAACCCGAACCAUGUGUUUGUCCCAAUCACUUAAAGGAAGGUCAGUUCAUGGCUGAUCCAGAAUCUUGUUAUAAGUACUUUAUAUGCUUGAGUGGAGUUCUUGUACCAGGUAACUGUGGAACAAAUAAUUACUUCAACAAUGUUUCUAAGUCAUGUCAACCCGACACUACCCAUGAAUGCUGGGAUAAACCUACCGAACCAUGUGUCUGUCCUAAUGGAAUGCAGGAAGGAGACCGCGUAGAUAAUCCAGAUUCUUGUUACAAGUACUUCACUUGCACCCAGGGUAAUCUUACUGAUGGCAAUUGUGGAACUGGAAACUAUUUCAACAACGAUACUAAAACCUGUGAACGCGAUACAAACAAUUGCUGUUGGCCCUGUACCAACGGUGAGAUGAUCGCUGAUAUUGAAGAAUGCGAUAAAUUCUCAAUAUGUAAUGAUGGUAAAUUCGUUGAGCAACAAUGUGGAACUGGAUAUUAUUUCGACAUAUAUCAAAAUUACUGCGUCCGUGACGUCAAUGGAACAUGUUGGAAAGUACAGCCCCCAAGCAAUACCUGCCAAGGAGCCAAGGACGGAACUCGUCUACCUGAUCCAGCAGCAUGUGAGAAAUACUUCGUAUGUGAGAAUAACAAACCGAUUUCACACGAAUGUGGCAUGGGAAAUCUAUUCAAUACCACCACUCUUUCAUGUGUUCAUGAUACAUGCGGUGAAUGUUGGACGAAAAUACCCAACGCCUGCGCCAACCAACCAACUGGUACAUUUUUGCCUGAUGCAGAUCACUGUGAUCAAUUUUUAGUUUGCAACGAAAACCAUGCCAUACUUCAGCAAUGUGGAAGUGGCAAUUGGUUUAAUCCUAAAUCAAAACUUUGCGAACAAGAUCUGUAUGCCGAAUGUAUUAAUAUUUGUCAAAAUACUGAAGGCACUGUACAAUUACCCCAUCCCAAUUGCAAUCAAUUUUAUCUUUGUACCAAUGGGCUAACUAAGGCUGUUCGUACCUGUCCAAAGGGCACAAACUACGAUGCAUUACUGGGAAUUUGUCUAGCUUCGGCGACAUGUGAAGAAAACUUAUGUUCCACAUCACCUAAUGGCGUUAGUUUUCCAGUUCGAAAUGACCCUUCAAGUUUCUACUCAUGCUACAAUAAGAAACCUGUAAAGCUUAGCUGUCCCGGUGGAACAUCAUUUGAUUCAGAACGUUUAAUAUGCAUGCCUGAUGCAGGACUUUGUAUUGGACAAAAGAAUGGCUUUACAACUGCCUCCCAGAAAAAUCCAAACGCAUACUAUGUUUGCAAGGACAGUGCCGCAAUUUUCGAACAAUGCCCAGCCCAUACAGUAUUUGAUGAAAGCAAGAGAAUCUGUGUACAUGCUUUGCGUAAACGAGUUGUCAAUAAUAUUUGUUCAACCGAAACUGACGGAACUAUGUUGUCGACGAAUGUUUGUAAUAAGUUCCAUCUUUGUUUGGACGGAGAGAGUGUUGAACAAAAUUGUGGAGCCUACGCCUCCUUCAAUCCUAAGCUUGGUUCAUGUGUUUUUAAUGCAACUUGUUUCAAUCCAAAAGAGAUGUGUGGCAAAUCAAGUGAUAUUGAAAAGUUCGCUGACUCUCGAGAUGAAACUUCGUAUAUAACUUGCAAACGAGGCUUGGCAACCAUGGAAAAAUGUCCCAAAAAUACAAUUUACAGCCAAGAUAUCGGAGGUUGUGUAUCAAAGCAGAUGACAAUUCAAAAGAAAGAACUUACUGAGAUGUGCAGAGAAGUUCCAGAUAAAACUAUUCACCCUGCCUUAGAUUGUCGCAAGUUCUACAUUUGCAACAACCGCGUUGCCAUUUUACAACAAUGUGCCAUUGACCAAUUGUUCAAUAUGACAACUGGAACUUGUCAAGCCGAUACCAAACGUCAAUGUUGGAUGCGAAGUGAAACUCUGCGAAAGAGUAACUUCUUGAGAAUGAUCGAUGAUAGUGAUGAUUAUAAAAUAGUCUGUCAGGAGUGUCAAAAACGACAUGAAACGAAAAGCCGUUCUGUGGAGAAUGUUUUUUUUCACAAACAUUCCACCGCAUUAUUGAAAAGUAAAAGAUCCACAGGAUGCUCUUCAGCAAAUGCGUCUCUCGUUCGGCAGUCAGACAACUCAUGCAGCACAUUCAUUAAUUGCGAAGAUGAUCAAUGGAAAUUGAGAAGUUGUCCUUUGGGAAAAUACUUUAAUGUUAAACUAGAAACUUGUACAAAUGACAAUAGCGUUUGUGGAAUUCAUCAGCAAAUUGAAGUUUUCGAAAAUAAUUCUUGUAUUUCAAACGAAAUCAAAUCGAAUAAUAUGAAUUGUGGAUCGUAUUACUUUUGCUUUGAAGGAAAAUGGAAAUAUGGUUACUGUGACGAAGGGCACUAUUUUAAUAAGACUUUAAAAGCUUGUAUGCAAGAUAGUGCUGGUGAAUGUGCAAAUGACAUCAAGCAGCAAAGUAAUAGAAGAUUCAAUCCAAACAACUGCACUGCAUUCGAAAUAUUCCUUAACAAUGAAUGGUUAUCACUGCAUUGUCCUGCAGGUUUUUAUUAUGACAUUUCAACGAGAAAAUGUCUUCUCAAUAGUGGAGAAUGCUCCAUUGAUGGUUUAAUGCGUCAAAGUUGUAUUGAAAAAACAUUACAACCAAGUUUUAAGAACUUAUCAGAAUUUUACCAAUGUUACAAAAACCAGUGGCAUCAAGAAAGUUGCAUGAACAACUUUCUGUUCAAUGCAAGUCUCCAAAAAUGUGAAUCUUCAAAAAAUACAAAUAAUACAACACAUAUUUCGAAGUGGAACAUUUUCACUUGUGCGGCUAAUCAGGAAAAUGGUUCGUAUUUCGAACAUGAAACUGACUGCACAAUGUUUUAUAUUUGUGACGAUGGAAUUCGUAUAGAUGGUGCUUGUAGCAAGGGAAGAUAUUUUGACAGAAAAACUCAACGUUGCCAGGAUGAUAAUAAAGUAUGCAAUGAUAAGAUGAUGACAUAUGAAAGCAUCUGUCAAAAUGGAUCGGUUUAUAGAAAUUCUGACAAUUGCUCAACAUUCUACACAUGUAUUAAUGGAUCAGCAGUAAUGACAGCAUGUGCACGUGGAGAGUAUUUUGAUGCUGCAUUGGGUAUUUGUCAAACUGACAUAACCAAGUGCACUGAAAAACGUCAUUGCGAUGACCCCAAUAAAAGGCAGUUCCCACAUGAAACUUAUUGCAGUAUCUACUACACUUGCAUUGGUAUCAAAUUAAUUCCCAUUGCAUGUGAAGAAAAUCACUUUUUCGACUCCGUAUUAAACAAAUGUGUACCUGACAUUGAGCAUAUUUGUAUCGAUGGUUAUUUCACAUAUAAAAACACCACCAACGAUGUCAUAGUAAACGAUCUUAUUUCUUGUAUUGGACGACAAGGAGACAUUAUGCCAGAUCAAAAGAGCUGCAACAAGUUUUAUGUAUGCAUAAAUGAACAACUUCGACAUGACAAGUGUUUUGAUGGGGAAUUUUUUGACAUCGUCAUGAACAGUUGUAUUCCGAAAAUGUCAAAUGAUACUAAGAACUGUCAAAAUGCCACUGAAACAACAAUGAAAUGCUCGACUGGUGAUAGUGAAAUUAAUUAUGCCGAUCAUACUGAUUGUAGAAAAUACUACCAGUGUAACGAUGCUGAAGUAAUUUCGAAAAAAUGUCGAAAUGGAGAGAGUUUUGACAAUUUAUUAGGAUUUUGUAGACAAAAUGAUGGAACAUGUUUGAUUGAAAAUGGCCAAAGAGUUGGCGCAUGUGCUGGUAAACAUGGCAAAUUUAUUCCAGAUAUUGAUAAUUGCCUGCAGUAUUUUACUUGUAUUAAUGGACAAAAAAUUUUGAAAACAUGCAAAAUUGGAGAGUAUUUUGACAAAUCAACGAGUAAAUGUGAAAAGGAUUUAAAUGGAACAUGUUCUGUUUUAGAGGAUCAAAUGAAAAAUGUAAUAGACCUUAAUUGUGAUGAUUUGGAAGAAUUGGUUUUUUAUCCAAACAUUUUAGACGACUGCAAGUCUUUCUUCCAAUGUGUGAACUCAACAUCAAAAGUACACAGAUGUCCUAACGAUUUUCUUUAUAACAUGGAAAUAGGAGGUUGUGAUUGGAAGGAAAACGUAAACUGUUCUCAUUAUCUGAAUCAUCAACAGACAAAUAAUGAUCUCGAAACUUCUCAAUCUAAAAAUAAACUACCAAAAUACGUUUGUAUCUUAACUGCCUUGAAGCAUUUACCCAAUUUGGAAUGGCGGACAUCAAAUGAACCAAUAUUAAAAAAAAAAAAAAAAAAACAAGACAAGAUAUCCCACACAUGCAGACAUAGAGAAAGUAGAGAGUGUCAUUUAGAUAUACUCUUACAACAAAAUAUUAACUCACACAUACUCAUACAGAAUAUGUACUACAACGACAGAACUAACAACCAAUAUGAUAUUUAUUCAACAACCUACGCACCGUCAAACAUGGAAAUCACCGUUGAGAAUACUGACAUUGAUGACACAACUGCUAUUGCCUUAAACUCAACCGAAGACCUAACCGAGGAUGUUGUUGGCAACAAACGAAAGUUCAAGCGCCACCGGAAUUCCAUAGAUAGUAGUUAUUUGUCGGUGCCGUCGUUACGUAAAGCUCGGCCACGUUCGACAAUAGUGCGACGGCAGAUAUCGUCGAGUCCGGCCAAGACGGGCUUGCAAAGAUUUGGUAGUAAAUUCCGUGCGAGACGUUCGAGUCAGGAUUCGGGAAUUGGAACUGCCGGAAGGGGGUUUGUUGCUGGGGAAAUCCAAUUUAAGGAUGCUAAUGCAAGGCAUCACAAAAGCAGUGACAACAUUUUUAAUUUUAUCAAUGAAUCCGAUCCAAGUGUUAUUCAAAUGUACACAACUUCAAACAAUCAUACCAAUAAUUCCAACGAAACUCCUAUAUUCAAGGAAAAAUUCGAAUCAAUGCAUAAAUCAAAUUCACAUACGAUAAAACUCCCGCCAUUUAUGGAGGAUGAUAGUGAACGAAGUCCUACUCUUGCCUUUGGGCCUAAAAUCGGUGAUGAAAAUAUCCCUGGAACUGCAAUGCAAAUUGGUCUUGAACUGGAAUUGGAUACUAUGCCAAAUGAUUUAUCAUUUUCUCGGCCAAUCGAAACAACACAAUCUAAUAUCAUAUCGGACAAUCAUCUAUUUUACAAGCAACAACAACAAUCACCAAAUAAUGAUAAAGCAAAAAGUACCACGUCCACACUUGACAGUAGUGGAAAUAGCUAUUUCAAUAGCAGGAAAACAAGCAAAAGGAAUAGUACAGUUGAUGAAAAUGAGGAAAAACGAACAAGUAAACAGGAUAAAGAGGGUCUGGAUCCCGAGUCACUUUUGUUUCGCGAUGGACGUCGACGUAUUGACAUGGUUCUUGCUUGGGAAGAAGAAGAUGAAGGUGUUAUGACAGAAGCCGAGGCAAAACGUCGUGAUAAUCGAAGAAUUUUUAUGGAAAAUCUCAUUAAAGAAGGUCUUGAAGUUGAAUUGGAAGAUAAGACGCAAUCUUUUAAUGAAAAGACGUUUUUUCUGAAGAUUCAUUUGCCUUGGAGACUCGAAAUACGAUUAGCUGAGGUUAUGAAUCUUAAACUGCCUGUGAAACGAUUUAUUACAAUCAGUGUCAAAGCAUGGGACGAAGAAAACUUGAUGGCUCGCAGAAUUCAAGUUUUGAAAAAUAUUUGGGCUCGUUUGACUAAAGUGAUACAACUUGAAAGCUCCGUGUUAGAAGGUGAAACCACUUAUAAGGCAUCAACCGCUGGAGGCAAUCCAGAAGAACAAUUCAUUGUAAAAGAUCGCUGUACAACAUACACAAGCGCCCAACGAAGCUUAAUGGUGAUGCAAGUUCUCUUACGAACACGUUUCGAUGAUAGCGAUCGUUUAGGAAUUCGACGCCUUCUAAAUGACAAAACCUAUUUAGCAUGCUUUCCACUUCAUGAAGGCCGUUACGAUCGUCCUCAUUCGAGUGGUGUGAUUUUUGAUCGACGUGUCCUACAUCAAACUUGGGCCCAUCCAUCACAAUGGUAUAAAAAGCAACCGCUUUGUCUGGUUCGAAAGUAUUUCGGUGACAAAAUUGCUUUGUAUUUUUGCUGGCUUGGUUUCUAUACGGAGAUGUUAGUUUAUCCAGCAGUAGUUGGAACAUUAUGUUUUCUUUAUGGAUUAGCUUCGAUUGAUUCGAAAGAUAAUAUACCUAGCAAAGAGAUCUGUGAUUUAUCGGGGACAGGAAAUUUAACUCUAUGCCCGUUAUGUGAUAAAGCAUGCAGCUACCAAAGACUGUCCGAUUCGUGCCUGUUUGCAAAGAUAACAUAUCUUUUUGACAAUCCUGCCACAGUAUUUUUUGCUAUAUUCAUGUCCUUUUGGGCCACAACUUUUCUAGAAUUAUGGAAACGAAAACAAUCAGUAAUUGUAUGGGAAUGGGAUUUACACAACAUUGAAUCGGAUGAAGAGAAUCGGCCAGAAUUCGAAACAAGUACAACAACAUUUCGAAUGAAUCCGGUUACCAGAGAGAAGGAGCCAUAUAUGUCAUUUUCGAGUCGAGCACUGCGAUUUACAAUCACUGGAAGUGCCGUUGCGUUUAUGAUCUGCAUAGUUUUGGGUGCUGUUUUGGGAACAAUCAUAUACCGGAUAUCACUAGUUACUGUGAUUUAUGGUGGCGGAGGAUUUUUUGUUAAAAAACAUGCCAAACUUUUUACCACCGUUACAGCUGCUCUCAUCAAUUUGGUUGUUAUUAUGAUUUUAACGAAAAUAUACCACAAGAUGGCGCUACGAUUAACACACAUGGAAAAUCCACGUACACACACCGAAUUCGAAGACUCCUACACAUUUAAGAUUUUCUUUUUCGAAUUUAUGAAUUUUUACAGUUCAUUAAUUUACAUAGCAUUUUUUAAAGGGCGAUUUUUUGACUAUCCUGGCGAUGAGAUCGCUCGACGAACUGAAUUUUCACGACUUAAAAAUGACAUUUGUGAUCCAGUUGGUUGUUUAUCAGAAUUAUGUAUACAAUUGGCUAUUAUAAUGGUUGGCAAACAGUGUUGGAAUAAUUUUAUGGAAUAUUUAUUUCCAAAAUUUUACAAUUGGUGGCGCCAAAGGAAACAUAAACAUCAAACUAAGGAUGAAUCACAUUUGCAUAUGUCAUGGGAACAGGAUUAUCAUAUGCAAGAUCCAGGGCGAUUGGCUUUGUUUGAUGAAUAUUUGGAAAUGGUCCUACAGUACGGAUUCGUUACACUAUUUGUAGCUGCUUUUCCAUUGGCCCCACUAUUUGCUCUACUAAACAACGUUGCCGAAAUUCGUCUUGAUGCCUAUAAAAUGGUUACCCAAGCUCGAAGACCGUUAGCCGAACGUAUAGAAGAUAUCGGUGCUUGGUAUGGAAUUCUUCGAAUUAUUACUUAUACAGCUGUAGUUUCGAAUGCUUUCGUCAUUGCUUAUACAAGCGAUUUCAUUCCACGUAUGGUUUAUAAAUUUGUUUAUUCUGAAACAAACACUUUAGCUGGAUAUAUCGAGCAUUCAUUGUCGAUUUUUAAUACCUCCGAUUAUAAAGAGGAAUGGGGUGCUACAAGUACUGAACAUGAUCCUGAUACUUGUCACUAUAGAGGUUAUAGAAAUGGUCCUAAUGAUCGGGAUCCAUAUGGUUUGAGUCCCCACUAUUGGCAUGUUUUUGCUGCUCGACUAGCUUUUGUGGUGGUCUUUGAGCACUUAGUGUUCGUUGUAACUGGUGUAAUGCAAUUUAUGAUUCCCGAUGUUCCAGCUGAAGUUAAAACUCAAAUACAACGUGAACAAUUACUGGCGAAAGAAGCUAAAUUUCAACAUGGCUUACGAAAAGCUCAACAAGGUGAUAACCAAGAUUUGCUUAAUAUGUUUCGUGAGGCAAGUAGUCGCACAGGAACUUCUUCGUUGGGUGGACGCGGAAGUUGGGCAAGACGUUUAAGUCGUAUGAGUGAUGGUUUAGAUGCACAUGUUGAUGUUGCAUCUAGACCACGAAGAUCUAUGGAAUCAACUGUAUGGGAAGUUUCCUGACACGAGGAGGAAGAGGAAACUCGUGAAGAAAGAAAUGAACCUUAGAAUCUAUAAUGUAUAAAUUUUGUUUUGUAUUUAAUGUUAUUGUUACUCAGUUUAAAACGGUUUCUUAAAAAAAAAAUAGUAUGUAAAUAUAUUCGUCGAUUAUAAGAAGAUAAAAUUAUAUACUAAAAAACAAUCAACACUAAAAGUACCUGCAAAGCAGAAUAA